AUGGGAACGAACAACAAACUUGGCUUUGUCGCGUACCUCGCGAUUCAGGGACUGUCGCCAAUGCGAAAGCAGUCUAAAGGCCGAUUCUCACUUGCACUCAACUUCGCGACGCAAUGCGAUACCGCGAUGCAAACGACGCCUUGCAGCGCGGCAUCGCGUCGCGGUUACCAAGCGCGGGAAUUGCCGGCAAACUUUUUUAGGUUAAUUAAAGUUGGAAUGGAAAAGAAGGUAAUUUACAUUUACGAUUCUACUUUACGCGACGAAUGCGAUCGCCUGCCAACAGUUCCUGGACGAGCUUCCAUCGUAACCGACUUAGUUAACUCGUACGAACUGCUCAAAUCUGGUAACGUAACGGUAGUCCCAAGCGUUCCGGCCACAUACGAUGAGCUUAGAUUAUUCCAUUCGAGUGCGUACUUGGAUUUUAUGAAAGCGUACAAAGAGGACGAUGUUGGCUUCGAAGAUGGAGAGGAAGACGAGUUCGGUUUAAGUUACGACUGUCCCUUGCUCCCUCGACUUUACACAUUAGUGCAAGCAUUAGCCGGUGGUUCGAUAACUGCUGCAAAUUUACUGGCGGAGCGCAAGUGCGAUUUUGCAAUUAACUGGUUCGGCGGCUGGCAUCACGCCCAAAGAGACGAAGCCGAAGGAUUUUGUUACGUAAACGACAUUGUGAUCGCCAUUCAGACUCUAACGAGAAGCUUUACCAAGAUAUUGUAUGUUGAUCUAGACGUCCAUCACGGGAACGGAGUGCAGAAUGCGUUCGAAUUGAGCUCGAAAAUUUUAACUCUGUCUUUCCACAAGUACAGCCCUGGAUUUUAUCCGGGCGGCGGUAAUGUUGACGAAGUCGGGAGUCGGCGAGGGAAAUAUUUCUCCCUGAAUGUUCCAUUACGCGACGGUUGUAGUGGGAAAACGUAUUUGAGGUGUUUUAAAGAGAUCUUUCCGAGAGUUUUCCGAGCUUUUAAACCUUCGGCCUUGGUUGUACAGUGUGGUGCAGACUGCAUUAAUGGGGAUCCUGUUGGGCAAAUUAAUAUUACGACGAAAGAUAUGGGGGAGUGUAUCAAGGAUGUUUUGAACUGCAAUGUACCAACUUUGUUUUUAGGGGGAGGUGGCUACAAUCCCGCAAAUACAGCCAGAUAUUGGACGUAUUUAACUUCCCUAAUAACGAAUCAGCCCAUAGACAACGAUAUACCAGACUGCAGUGAAUAUUUCACAAAAUACGGACCGACCUACGAGCUUCACAUCGACGAGGGUUGCCAAAGGGACUUCAACACGGACGAAUACAUAAAUAAUAUAAUUUCGACUGUAACGAACUAUUGUAAACUAAUCGAAAGCGAAUGCAAGCAAAUCUAACUCUUAAGAUCAGAUGCCAUAAGAA